UAUGCUAGCCACUCUGGUUAAUCCGCCUGCCGACUUUGGCCGAAUUUACGCUCGACGGGGACAAUUAAGUCCGCCGAAUGCGUUAGCGCGAACAUCCGGUAGCCAUAGGUUUUCGAUAACGUCCCGUAUUUCAACACGGUGGAGUACUUGCUUAACGUUCGAAGCUGGUGCAUUGGACCACGUAUAUCAAAGUAGGAGCACGCAAGUGCCUGAAGAAGCUGAGGCUUUCCUGACUCUCUUCAAGAUGCUUUCUUGCAGCGCGGAGAAGCUCGUGCCCGAGGGUGAGAAGGUAACCUGGUACUCCUGUGCAAGAUUAUCCUUGCGUUAAUACAUCUUUAUUCGAAUCCGGGAAUAGCAUGGAAGAGGAAAACCGUCUGCAGCUCCGGGAGCUUGCGCUGCGUCAUGCCCGGACGGUCGUGUAGUCAUCUGGACUUGAAGUUAAGAGCCGAAGAUGUUAGGGUGAGUCACUC